AUGGGGACAGGCAAAAGUAAAAGCUCGCCACCUUGCAGUGAAUUCCAUGACAGUUCGGGCACUCCAACCCUUCUUUGUGUGUUGCUGAACUGCUUCCUGAACUCCGAGACCCUUGCUUCCCAAGUCGGGAUCGACUCUUCAGAGAGGUGGAGGUACAAAGGAAAAAACACUGGAAGGAGAGGUAGUUUACUGGCUAGAGAGAGUCAGAAAGCACCCUUAGGUCCAAUUCCAGCUGCUGUUGCUCUCUCAGGACUUCCUAGGUAA